AUGGAACUUGCUAAUUACUCCACUCACUGCGUGCACCUCCAGCUGCAGGGCGUCCUGCUCAUCCGCCGUGCGGCGCGGCCCCUCGGAAACGGCGUCCGACCGAGGGGCCGCGGCGUCCCGCUCCUCCGCCGUGGCCGGCCCGCGCCGCGCCGCGGCCGACCGAGGGGCCGCGGCGUCCCGCUCCUCCGCCGUGCGUUGCAGCGCCUCGACCUUCUUCUCCCGCUCCUCCACCGUGCGCUGCACUGCAUCCCCUUGAACGUCCUCUCCCGCUCCUCCGCCACGCUCUGCGGCUCUUCGACCUUCCUCUCCCUCUCUUCCGCCGUGCGAUGCAACCCUUCGAUCGUUGCCUCUCGCUCCUUCAUCGUGCGCUGCAGCUCUCCCCUAUCCCGCCAUUCCCCUCCCCAUGCCACCCCCCUCUCCAUGCCACCCCCCUCCCCAUACCACUCCCCUCCUCUUGCCACCCCACUAUCCCUCCCACCCCCCUCCCUUUCCCAUGCCACUCCCUUUCUCUGUCACUACCCUCCCCAUGACACCUUCUUCACCAUGCCACUCCCCUCCCCAUGUCAUCCACCUUCCCAUGCCAUCCCAUUCACCACUCCCUUCCCCCUCAGACAUACCUUCUCGAGCCUUUAUCAACUUGUUUCGGCUCUCAACGAUCACCUCCAUUUCCUCUAUUUUUAUCCACUGCUUCUCUAUCCAUCGCUCUCCACUGGUGCUGCUGCUGACAAAGUUCAUGCGUACGUGGCAGGUGCGUGCUUGGCAAUUCAUGCCUACAUGGCAGGUGCGUGCAUGGCAGUUCGUGCGUACGUGGCAGGUGCGUGCAUGGCAGUUCGUGCGUACGUUGCAGGGGCGUGCAUGGCAGUUCGUGCGUACGUGGCAGGGGCGUGCAUGGCAGUUCGUGCGUACGUGGCAGGGGCGUGCAUGGCAGUUCGUGCGUACGUGGCAGGGGCGUGCAUGGCAGUUCGUGCGUACGUGGCAGGGGCGUGCAUGGCAGUUCGUGCGUACGUGGCAGGGGCGUGCAUGGCAGUUCGUGCGUACGUGGCAGGGGCGUGCAUGGCAGUUCGUGCGUACGUGGCAGGGGCGUGCAUGGCAGUUCGUGCGUACGUGGAGGUGCGUGCAUGGCAGUUCGUGCGUACGUGGCAGGGGCGUGCAUGGCAGUUCGUGCGCACGUGGCAGGUGCGUGCAUGGCAGUUCGUGCGCACGUGGCAGGUGCGUGCAUGGCAGUUCGUGCGCACGUGGCAGGUGCGUGCAUGGCAGUUCGUGCGCACGUGGCAGGUGCGUGCAUGGCAGUUCGUGCACACGUGGCAGGUGCGUGCAUGGCAGUUCGUGCCUACGUGGCAGAUGUCUCUCAGGAGCACCUCCUUGCCGUCCUUGUCCGAUCCGAUGCUCUCUUUUUCAAAGGUAAUGUCCACCUGA